UUCCCAUGCCUGUUUGUAUUUGAAUCAAAAUGUUCUAUCAUGUAAGUGUUCACUUCGAUCAUUGCUUUAAAACCAGCCAUGAUUAGCGUUAAAUUAAGUGAAAUGCCCAACUGAUUCUUUUUGUGUCUUUAGAUCUCACUAGAACACGAAAUCUUGCUUCAUCCGCGCUACUUUGGGCCGAACUUGCUACAAACAGUGAAGCAGAAAUUGUUCACUGAGGUCGAAGGGACUUGUAGCGGAAAGUAAGCAGUUAAUUAAUUUUUUCUUUUCUUUUUUUUCUCUUUGUGGAAGAUUUGAGAACAUAAUUAUAUCGCUGGAACUACGCUGUUUCCUUCAAAUGCAGUAUCCAUUUUCACAAAAAUCUCGAUGUCCAAGAGUUAGACAGUUACUGUAGUUCAUAAGUAAAGCACCUCCGCUUGUGCCCAAUAUUGAUGGACAAAUAAUUCGGUAAAUUGUGUAUAUAGACCACUGAAGUGGAACUAUUAUCUUCUUAAGGUAUGGAUUUAUCAUAGCUGUCACCACAAUUGACAACAUUGGAGUUGGCCACAUCCAACCAGGACGUGGAUUUGUUGUGUAUCCUGUCAAAUACAAGGUUAGCAGAGGUUCAUUCCCAUUAUGGUACAUUUCUUUUUCCAUUGCAAAACUAAUAAUAGUAUUUUUCUCUGUUCUGAUUACUUUAUUUGUGUCUUUUCAAUGCUCAGUGGAAACGGACUCCAAUGAAUGAUUCAUUUACCCUUUGUUGUUACAAAUUGUUUUUUUUUACAGGCUAUUGUUUUCAGACCAUUUAAAGGUGAAGUUCUGGAUGCUGUAGUCAUGCAAGUAAACAAGGUAGAAAAUCUCCAGCAAAGUGCGAAAGAAAUUGUCACCUCUGUCAUGAACCCUUUAACCCCAAAGAGUGACUAGCAUCUAAUUUCUCCUUACAAUAUCACCCCUGAAUCAUGCAGUAAGGUCAUGAGAAUAAAGAAAAUUAUCAGCAGCAAAAGAAGCUGUUGAUUGUUACACAAAUUCUCCUAGUCAGCACCUUAGGGAAUGUAUGGGGAACAGUAAGGAGAAUAACUUUACUCAUGUUAGGGUGUAAAGGGUUCAGUGCCUUCACUGAAAUCUCUUUUGGCCAGUCACUCAUUUUUUUCCUUCCCUUUGUAGGAGUAGAAUUUUACGAUAAAAUUUAGCCAUGAUCAAAUGAUUGAUUGCAACAAUUUGUCCUUUAACCAUUAUGCUUUCCUUUUGAUCUCUUCUUGUAAUUGUUUGAAUAAUUCUAAAUUGCCCUGAUCUGAUCAGUGACAAAUUUUCAUCACUAUAUUUAUUUCAGGUUGGGUUGUUCACUGAGAUAGGACCUCUUUCAUGCUUUGUGUCACGCCAUGUAAGUAUUUUUCAAGAUUGACUGCUUUGUGGAAGGUAACCUUGUACAUGUUUUAACUAAGUGCAGUAAUAAAAAAAUGAAUCAGAAAUGUUUAUUCAGGAAUAAAAGCUGUUAAAGUGUGCGUAACAAAGUGAUUGACUUGGUCUGGGUUGAAAACCUGGCCAGGUCAUCGUGUUGUGUUCCUGGGCAAAACAUUUUACUCUAACAGAGCUUCUCUUCAACCAGGAGUAUAAAUGGCUAACUGUCAAGAAAGCCCUAUGAAAUGCUUGGGGGAGGGUGGGUAACCUUGCAAUGGACAAGCAUCCCAUCCAGGGGGGAGUAGUGAUACUCCUAGUCACUUCAUGCUACAGGGAAACUGGGAUAAGUUCUGCCUGGCUGGGCCACUAGGCUUAAGUACAGAUGUAUUUUGUUGAGUGUAAUUUGUUAAAUUCUUAGUUUUGGUGGCCAUUCAACUUUGUUGGAAUGAUAGUCAUUUACAGUAUUCAAUUCCUCUUCUCCUCAGAUCCCCUCCAGGAUAAGGUAAUUGGGUAUUAUCAACUGAGUUGAUAGCAUAAAUUGGCCACUGCUAAGAGUUUCAGAGCUGACGUUUGGUGGGGUUGGCUGUUUGUCAGAGUGAAUGAUGCAGGGCUAAUGCUCAAAACCUCAGCUUUGAAACUCUUGAUGGUGGCCAAUUUACAUUAUCAACUUAGUUGAUAAUACCCAUUACCUUGUUCUGUCACAGUUUCUUCAGAAAUGUACCCUCCUUCUAUGGUAGCUUGAUUUAUACUUUGAGGCAUAAAAAUGUUGGUGUUUUUAUUUGUAUGCUACUGUCUGACUAGUAUUUAUAUAUAUUUGCUUUUAAGUCAAUCCCAUCAGAUAUGGAUUUUGAUCCAAACUCUAACCCACCAUGUUAUAAAACAAGAGAUGAGGUAUGGUGUUGAAAGUUUACUGGAACUUGUUUGUUUGUGUCAGGUGUAACUGAAAACAGUGUAUUACAUGUAAUGGUAAUGUAAUUAUAUUGAACAUGUGAAACAGCAAGUAAGGUGUACUUCCAGGGAAAGAAAAUUGUCAGAACUCCCUCUUGCUAAAUGUUACUAGUGGGUUAACCCUCUCACUGCCUUUCAUGAGUAAUUUCCUUACUGUCUGCCAUACAACUGUUAUGAUGGAAAUUAGAGAAUUUGGUAUAGGAUCAACUAAUAAUCCCUUAAUUUAAACUUUUCUUUAUUCUCAAUACUUGUCCACAUGAUAUUGUAUCAAUAUUGUAAGGAGAAAUUCUAUCUUGGUCAUAUGUGGGAGUUAAAGGGUUAUCUUGAUCAUGACAGAAGACUCAAACACCUUUUACUUAUCUGGAUCUGAAGAAAUAGUUGUACAUCGUUGAUGGCUAAGUAAACAAGUUUUUGAAUGAUUGAAUGGUCAAUUAAAAGUUGAUAACUUUAAGUAAUUCUUUCUGUAUAGUUAAAGCUUGAAAUCUGCCAUAACAGCUCAUUUAAUUGUUUUUUCUACUUUUAACACCUGUUUCUGUUCAUAGGACAAUGUGAUUCAACAGGAUGAUGAAAUUCGUCUCAGAAUUGUAGGAACCAGGGUUGACGCUAAUGACAUUGUGAGUUUUGUGAUUCCAUGUGUUUAGUAGAUCGUUGUUCUUUAAGCGUCAACUUCUUCACAUCAAUUUGCUACUUCUUCAUACUAUCUUCUUUGGAACUUGCAAGUAGAACUUGUCAAAUAGUCAAGACCUUCUUGAGUUUGUGAUCAUUUCCUUUAUUCUCAUGACCUAAAUGCAUGAUUCAGGGACGAUACUGUCAAGAGAAAUUAGAUGUUCAUCACUUUUAUGGGUUAAAGGGUUGAAUGUGCCUUUGCGAACCCCUUGGAGUGCACUGGUAAUUUGUGCAGGAAAAUUUUUAAUUCCAGUGUGGUUAUCUUGUGGCUCUCAAGGGGAGGACUUGAAAUGCCUCUUGCUUUGAGAGGAAUUGUAAAACCAUCAUUAUGUGUACAGUAAUGUCCUUAGAAAGUUCUCUAAUUUCUUUAAAAGUAAUGUCUGGUUGUUUUGAUUUUCAGUUUGCUAUUGGUUCACUGAUGGAUGAUUAUCUUGGUAAGUGUUGUUGUCUUUUUCUUGAGCCCCAUAUAAAUAAUCUGUGUUGUUAUGGAAUAAAUGAUGGUGUUGGCAAAAAUGUCUUCAUGUGGCCAAGAUUCUAAGUGUUUCUCCUCUGAUCAAGAAAGCCUACUGAUAUUUAUCACCUUCCCUUUCUACAGGUCUUGUCAGUUGAUAAAGCUGAACGUUUCUCUCAGUUUUCAUUGCCUUUGGAGUUAUUGUUCAGUACAAGGGAGACAUUGAUCAAUCAAUCAAGAUUUUGAGUGAACCUUUCAGAUUUAUCUAACAAGAGAUCUUCAAAGUGUUUAUGGAUACCACACUGUACAUAAUUAUGUAUUAAUAACACAGGCAAAGGAAGAGUUUUCAUGGGUUCUCAUUGUGUUGCAUUUGUUGAACUUUUUUACAGAAAUAAUGGUAGUGUAGCUUUUGUUUUUGUGGCAAAACUUAUAGUUUUUAAAAUUCAUAUGGUGAAUGGGCUUGUGCUACUAAAUACUUUGAUACUAGAAAUGCAGCUUGUAUAGAACACUAUGAGAUUGCUAGGUAUCGUUUGGUACAUUAAACCUCUUUUAUUUGUUUUACAAAGUUUUGUACAUUUUUACAUGAAAAACAUAAAGUACAAAUAUAUAUAUAUUCCAAACACUAUUUACAUCAGCGAACUCCUCAUGGAUGACAUGGAUCAUUUAUUCAUUUUCAUAAAGUGUUUUCUUUUCUUGAUUUUUGUUCAUGUGUAGCUGUCAUCAUUGCAAAAUUUUGGUUUUGUUUUUCUCUUUUAAGCUUAGUGGUAAAUCCAGUCCUUGAGCUAAAUUUCGAUACCAUUAACCUUUCAUUUCCAAGAUCUUGUUAGUAAUUCCCUUUACUCUGCC